GAACACAACUCUCACUGCUUGCAAAUUUCAGCACACGCAGGGAGAACAUGGUGGCCAGUGGUGUGAUCCAGCCAGCUCUUUCUGCUCUUAUGGAAGGGCGUGGAGGGGAAAGCAGGGAGAGAAGCUGAUUUAUGGCUUUAGCGUUUCAAAUAAGUCCUUCCCUUCACCUUUCACAACUCCCAUUUAACAGAAGUAGGUUUGCAAAUAAGGGCUUUUCAUUUGCAUGAUUCAGCCAGUUGAUAGAAUCUGGGUUUUGAGGCAGCAUAGUUUGGGUUAAAACAAAAAAAACUUUUCCUCCUGAUGCCUGUGCAAUAUAUUCAAAUUAAGAUGAAUCAUCCUGUUUGUUGAAAACCACCAACACACACUCCCUUGCUCACCUUGCCUGGGUGGGGUCAGCCAGGAAGCAGAGCAUUCAGGUUACAAAUUGGCAGAAAUUAACGUUUUAAGCUCCACCCGUGGUUUUUGGCUUUUCUAAAUUGGAAAUGUGUUCUAGCCCUUUAAAUUUUUUUCUGGUUAAAGAUAUAUGCCCCACCCACCUACCUGGGCCAGGUGUACUCCUUGACAGCCAGUCCAUAGUGAGUACAUAUCCAAACCCCAAACUGGGCCAAUCAGAACGAAGGGAGAGAGCAGCAGAGCAACCAAUGGCAGAGUGGGAAUGGCUUCCUAAGGCUGUGCUACCUGACUGCUGUACCUGAAGCUGGUUAAACCCAGGAAAUCGCAGAGUAGUGAGAUCACCUGCUUCUUUUGGACCCAGAGGAAAGAGGCACAGGUGUGUCCUCACCUGCUUUCUUGUGGGGUACCUGAACUCCUCAGGAGCUUGAAGUCACUAUGCGGGCCAAGGAUGAUGAAUAUGAUUACCUCUUCAAAAGUAAGUUUUUUCCUCUUUUUUCAAUUUCCUGGCCUUCCUAAGAGUUGCAAACUCUUAUUCUUUUGUUUUUUAGGGCUUGGGGGGUGUUAACAGGAGAAAAGCUUCUGUCCAAACACCAUCAUUACUUAGCUGCUGAUGUGUGCUGUUUUAAAACUCUUAUAUUGCUCCACUCUUCUUCCAAAAAGUGUAUUUUGUACUCAAAAGGCAGAUUUUAUGUAUUUGCUUCUACCCUAAGAGAGAGCAGACCCCACAACUUGCCUAUGAAAUGUCUCACAUACAGUAAUGUAGAACCUAUGUAAAACUCUGCCCCAUUCAUGAAAAGUUGUUGGGUAACUCCAGCCACCUCUGAUCCCCCCCCCCCAUAAGCCCUGUGCUGCGGCCCCACAAACAUCCAAUGUUUCCUCAUUUUUUUAUUUACACCCAUCUAAACUUGGGUGUCUAAGAGAGACAUCAAGUUUAAAUGGACCUCAGUAAAAAUGGGGAAAGAUUGGGCUUUUGUGGGUCUACCCUGCAGGGCUGUGGGGAAGAAACAAAGGUGGCUGUUCCAUAUUUCAGCCCAGUUUCUUUCCUCCCCUCCCUGCAACCAGGAUUCAUACAACAGCUGACAAUUCUUUGCCCCAACCGUGGGUCUCUCUGCUGCUCCCUGUUCUAAAUUUUAUUAUUUAACUUACUUUAGGAAUAAUGUCCCAAGGUGUUAAUGGGACUCUGUUUUGGGGCCAGGUGUUCUCUGCUGAUAAUUUAGGCCCUCCAGACGUUUUGAGUAAUCAUUUGUGGUACAUUUUGUUUGAAGAAAUUAGGGAGAACUUUGCUUUUUGUUUUUCAUCUUCCUAUUCUGCCCUUCCUCCUAAAGGAGCCCAGGGUGGCAGCUUAGCCAAAUAUUGGGGAAAUGUGACACUGGGGGGAACUAAUGGCCUGAGUUGCAUUCUGCUCCCUGCCCUUUAAAAUUGAUGCUAAAACUGUAGCUUAAGUGUUCUUUUUUUUUUAAUGAUGCAAAAGGGACCUGACACACGUCUGGGGAAAUGGUAGGACGUGGUGAAAUUCAGGUUUGGCAAGGCUUGUGCUGUGUCUAUGAAUCUCAACAAAACACCUGAGAUCUCUCUUCCCUGGGUUUUAAAAACCCAGGAAUUUGAACUGAGGGUUGCAGGGGUGUCUAAUGAAACUGAAAAACCAAAUUGGCCCAUAGAACUGUACUUUAUUGGUUUGUCUAAGUCUUAUUUUUCGAAACAAGUUUGGAAAGUUUCUCUGGCCUUGCUGCUAGAUAGCCCUGUCUGGCAAGCCACCUUUGAAAGCUGGUUUGUUUAAUUUUACAUUGUCUUGACCUUCAACUCUCCCUCCUCCUCCCAGGGGCCAGCUCUACCAUUAGGCAAAAUGAGGCAAGGUGUCUCAGGCAAGAGAUGCAGAGAGCAGGGAGGGCCCUGGAAGAAGCCCCUCAUCCCCUGCUCCCAUUUCUCCUGAGUCUCCUAAGUUAACAAGCUCUGUGGCCCCUGCUGCCCUGAGGUAUAGCACAGGACCAUUGCUGAAAUAAGAUUGAACCUCAGUCCAGUCAGAUUCUGUACAUCGUGUGUGUGUGUGUGUGUGUGUGUGUGUGUGUCAGGGAGGUGUGGGCAUCCUAUAGUUUUCUACAGGCCGAAAAAUAUUUCAUAAAAAUAUUUUUAUAUAUUGUGGACUGUGAGAAAAAGCACACUCAAAGCAGUUUAAGACUGGGCUAACCCUGCCGCCGCUGCCGCCGCCUCCAUCUGCAAACUUGGAAUAACUGUACUGGCCUACUUUAUAGGGCUGUUGUGAAGAUUAGGGAGGGACCAAUGAUGAAACACUUCCAGCCCCCUCUGCUGCACAAGCCCAAGCAUCAUCAUGAGCUACCUUGGGAAUAUUAAAGCCAGAAGCUCAGAAAUGCCACUUUCCAGAUGUCUGAAUAACAAUACAUGUCUCUUUGCUUUGUAUUAUGAGAGCCAUUCUUCCAGAGGCAGGUUCCUUAGUAACUCUUGGGUGUUGGAAAUGAGAUUAUCUGAAGAAGGAGGGACAGAGAGUGAUGGAUGUUGCUGGAGUUUGGGCUGACUUAAGACUUGUUACCUGAGGUGUCCCCUCAUUUGGUUCUUACUUCAACACUGAAGUCUUCUAGAGCAGUGGUUCCCAAUUUGGGGGUCCAUGGCACCAUUCACAUAACCAAAACUACCAUAGAGAUAUCAUUUUUUUUCAAAAGUCCAUGGCUUGGCUCUUGAAAAACAGGAGGUCUGCAGCACUUAGCUAAUUGGCAAUGACUGAUCUAGCUCACCUGGAGGCAGCGAGCUAUUUUAGCGGCUGUAGCACCACGGCUUUGAUCUCCAACAAAGGGGAACAGCAAGAGGUUCAGGAAAAAUGGCAUGGGUUUUGUUUUUGCUAUCACUGCCUCUCCCGGAUCCACCACCUGAGGCAAUUUUCCCACCCUGUCUAAUGGUAGGGCCAGCCCUGAAUGGAGCUGCACAAGGAAUAUGGGGGAAGGAGGUUGCCUGGACCCUUAACCAGCCCUACUUUUUUUGUUUUUUUUAAUUAAAGUUGGUUCAAAUGGUUGCAGUCUAAAGCGGCUGCCAUUGGUUUUACUUAGUUUUACUUUUACAUUGGGAGUCAUUUUGGACUCACAGCUGUCCAUGGAGGCACAGGUCAAAUCUGUGUCCAGGGCAGCUGUUUACCAGCUCCAUCUGGUACGCAGGCUGAGACCCUAUCUGCCUGUGGACUGCCUCGCCAGAGUGGUGCAUGCUCUGGUUAUCUCCCGCUUGGAUUACUGCAAUACGCUCUACGUGGGGCUACCUUUGAAGGUGACCCGGAAACUACAACUAAUCCAGAACGCGGCAGCUAGACUGGUGACUGGGAGUGGCCGCAGAGACCACAUAACACCUGUCUUGAAAGACCUACAUUGGCUCCCAGUACGUUUCCGAGCACAAUUCAAAGUGUUGGUGCUGACCUUUAAAGCCCUAAACGGCCUUGGUCCAGUAUAUCUGAAGGAGCGUCUCCACCUCCAUCGUUCUACCCGGACACUGAGGUCCAGCACUGAGGGCCUUCUGGCGGUUCCCUCACUGCGAGAAGCCAAGUUACAGGGAACCAGGCAGAGGGCCUUCUCGGUAGUGGCGCCUUCCCUGUGGAACACCCUCCCACCAGAUGUCAAAGAGAAUAACAACUACCAGGCUUUUAGAAGACAUCUGAAGGCAGCCCUGUUUCGGGAAGCUUUUAAUGUUUGAUGUAUUAUAGUAUUUUAAUAUUCUUUUGGAACCCGCCAGAGUGGCCGGGGAAGCCCAGCCAGAUGGGCGGGGUAUAAAUAAUAAAUUAUUAUUAUUAUUAUAUUAUUAUUAGUUUCCCACUUUUAAUAUCCUGCCUUUCUCUCAAGCAGGAUAUUGCUGUUCCCCUCUCUUUGUCAUCCUCACAACAACCCUUUGAGGUUGGUUAAGCUGAAAGGCAUGACUGACCCAAGGUCAGCCAGUGAGCUUUGCAGGCUAGCCACAGACAGGCUGGCACUCUGACUUGUGUGUGUAAAUUGGUUUGUUCUUUGAAAACAUCAGUAUAUCACUCUGAGCCAUCAAGUUUACAGGAGAAAUUCCUGCGUCACUUGAUUAUGUUCACCUCAAAUGCAGUGCUCUAAAACCAGCCUUUGCCAGCCAAAUGUUUUGGACUACAAGACUCACAUUAGACCUGGGGCUGGUGGAUGAUGUAUUCAAAAUGGUGUUAGUUGGGGGUUGAUGAGUAAGGCUAUCUUAGCCAAUGUUAUUCUGUUAGGAUGCUUUUAGAUCCAAAUACUGAUAGCCCAUCCAGAUAUCCAUCCAGAUAUCCAUUUUAUUGUGCGUUCAUAUGCAGUCCUUGCUUCUAAUACUGUUUUGGAGCAGACUAAGGCCCCAUCUGUACAAUACAUUUAAAGCACUAUAAUUCUAGGAGGUGUAAUUUGUUAAGGGUGCUGAGAGUUGUUAGGGGACCCCUGAUUCUCCUCCCAAUGAUUGAAAUUCCCCAGGUGCCUAGCACGUUUUGCAGCCUGCACGGGUUCCACUGCGACCAAGUGAGGAUGCAAUGCCACCAGGUUUGGUGACUGACAUCUCCAGCAUCUGGCUGUUCUGCAGCAAUGUUUUCUGCUGUUGCACGCACCCCUGCGCGCCCCAGCAUCAAAAGACACUGCUGUGCACCAGCCGGCUGAUCUUGUCACUAUUUUAUUCUGGAUUGUUUUAUUUGAUGUUUUAAUGUGUUGUAAACCGCUUUGAGAUUUUUUUCUCUGAAAUAUAAAGCAAUAUAGAAAUAAAAUGAAAUGAAAAAUAAUAAUAAAAAAUAUGAAACAUGGGGGGUGGUGACCGUAACAUAGAUUUAAGGUGCCAUUUGAUAAUUAGCUAAUAUAUCUAACACUGCCCCCUCCCAGAGCUACAAUUCCCAGAAUAGUUCACAAUGAUGUGUGGAUGAUCCAGGAUAAAUAGACCACCAGCACUCUAUUAUUGCAUCAGUGACAUGUUGCAGAAUGUAAAAACCCAGGGGGAGCAGGGUAUCCCAGUUCUGGAGGGUCUCUGUGGGUGAAGCCAGACCCAAGACCACUUGUAGGCUGAGCAGCUGAGGCACUCCCUGCUUACAUCUUGCUGCUAGCCUUGAAGCUCUUGUGGGAAGAGGAAUUUCAUCCAAAUGAGUCAACGAUUGCUCAUGGACUGAAGUCACUGGAUUUCACUUCUGAUGACUCUGCUUCCUUUUCUUUGAAAAAGCCGGAAUGACGGCUUGUGUUGCUACACACCUCUUUUUUUAAUAAUAAUUUAAAAAACCCUUUCACCUUCACUUGCUCAUGUUCCACACCCAGAGAAGGGUUCACAAACAGUCCUUUUGUAUUCUGAGGAACAGGGAUAGGUAGCUGGUGGUUGGCAGUGGGACAGGAAGGGCUUCCAAAUCAGGCAUGUGAAGGGGAGGCAUUGACUGCCUGGUUUCUCCCUGGGUUGGCUCACUUUGCGUGGAGGGCGGGUGGGGUGGGGGGGACAGGAAUCCAGUCAUUCCUGUUUCGUAGCAUUUUUACCUGGAUGGGCUUGUGAAGCAGCAUUUCAGCUCAGGGAAAGCAGGUGUGCUUCAUUCUCCGCCAAGGUAGGCCUUGGUUCUCUGGGCCUAAAGAACCCAUCCAGAAUGAUGCCCAUUUUAUCCUGCUUGUGCUCAUUGGGGUUGUUAUAUAGGCCAUCCCACUACUAACAUGGUUUGCACUUGCAAACGUUUUGAGGCAGACACGAACUGUUUUAUUUCCAGUCGCUACAUGUCCUGCUGAAAUCAUAAGAAGAGCCUGCUGGAUCAGGCCAAUGGCCCAUCUAGUCCCACACCCUGUUCUCACAGUGGCCAACUAACUGCCUGUGGGAAUCCAGCAAGCAAGACCCAAGCACAAGAGCCCUCUCCCCUCCUGUCCUUCCCAGCAACUGGUAUUCAGAAGCAUCAUUGCCUCCAGCUGUGGAGACACUCAGCACAGCCAUCAUGGCUAGUGGCUGCCAAGAGCUCUCUCUUCCAUGAAUUUGCUCAAUCCUCUUUUAAAGCCAUCUCAGGUUGGUGGCCACCACUCCCUCCAGUGGGAGGGAAUUCCAUAGUUUAACAACAUGCUACAUAAAAACAGGCGCGGAGCUACCUGCCCCGGCACCUGGAGUGGUGCGGGGGCGGGGCUAGCCACCCGCACGACAAGUGGGGGGGCGCUUUCCGCCCACACAGCAAGCGUUGGGAGGGGCGCUGCUAGCCACGCAACAAGCGUUGGGAGGCGCCACUAGCCGCCCGUGGCAACAUCAUCCCUAGCGGUCCGCCGCCCGUGCAGCUAGUGUCCGGGGCGCCGCCCGCACAGCAAGGGGGAGGUGGUGCGGCAAUGUCACCUGCCCUCAUGGCUGACACCCAGUGCGCACCGCACCCCCCCGCACCCGCCUUCCUCCGCCAGUGCAUAAAGAGCUUUCUUUUAUCCACCCUGAAUCUUCCAACAUACACCUUCAUGUACAGUGGUACGGUUACAUACGGUUCAGGUUACAUACGCUUCAGGUUACAGACUCCGCUAACCCAGAAAUAAUACCUCAGGUUAAGAACUUUGCUUCAGGAUGAGAACAGAAAUCGUGCUUUGGCGGCGCGGCGGCAGCAGGAGGCCCCAUUAGCUAAAGUGUUGCUUCAGAUUAAGAACAGUUUCAGGUUAAGUUAAGGUGCUUCAGAUUAAGAACAGUUUCAGGACCUCCGGAACAAAUUAAGUUCUUAACCCGAGGUACCACUGUAUAUGAGAGAAGGAGGAAAACUUCAUCCACUUUCUCCAUGCAAUGAGGAAUUGUUUACAAUUCUGUUAGGCCGCCUCUUAACUCACCUUUUCCCUAAACCAAGAAGUCCCAAAUUUUGCAGCUUUUCUUCAGAAGGGAGUCAUAACUUUUUUAAGCACAAAUGUGUUGGGGGUUUUUUGGUCCUACUUCUGUUGUGCACUACAGCACCAAAGUGCCUCUCCAGACAACAAUAAUGCGGUAUCAUUCAGGAAGCAUCACAGAACAACAAAUAAACUGGGGGAUGUGUGGACGUUCCGUGGGAAGAGGGAAUUAUUGUUACAAUCAUUCUGGAAACUGUAGCUCUGUGAGGGGGAUAGGGGUUUCCUAACAACCCUCAGCAGCCUAACAAACUACAGCUUCCAUAAUUCUUUGGGGGAAAGCCGUGAGUGUUUAAAGUGGUAUCACAGUGCUUCAAAUGUAUGGUGUGGAUGUGGCUACCGUUGGGUUUGCAACCUCACUGAGAACUAGGACCCUCUUGAGUCCAUCUUCUUCCUGGUGUUGUAGUGCUGCUAGGGUUGCCAUAUUUCAAAAGGUAAAAAUCCUGACACCCACAAAGUUGUUGAUAGUGAUUUUAAGCUUUUGGAGCUGUUUCCACUGCUUUCUCCAUUGCGUUGCCAUACAUUUGGGUUUUUCCUGACAUUUUGCCGAUUUGGCAAAAUCCCCGACACAAUUUUUACACCAUUUUUUAAAAAUAGGACAUGUCAGGAAUUUUCCUGACGUACAGCAAGCCUAGGUGCUGCCAACUUUGAGGACAGGAAGCCUUAAUCAGAAACUCUUUCCAGUGCAUCACUGCCUAAUUAUGUUGGUGAUUAGGAAGAAGUCUGUGGUUAGGAGAUUUGGGGUUGUGUGCUACCAUUUCCUGUUGACUGACAAUCCUGGGGUUCCUGUGGAUUGGACUUAAAAGAGGCUUUAAGUUACACUUUGUGAUUCUGUUUUGCAUGUUUGUCUGUUUGUUUGUUGACAAAGUAAUAAUCAUAAAUAAAUAAGAAUAAAAAUGUGCACCCUACCCACUGUUCUAGCUAUCCAACCUCCCAAAAUUUCAACACCUCUUGCGAUGGUUUGACCCCUUUCUGUUUUAACAGCACAAAUUCUACAAACACCCUCCAUAUCUCCUCAAAAUCAUUACUCCUGCAUAUUCCCCGUCUUACUUUAAUGGCACAUGUUAGUUUAUCAUUAAUAGCUAUAUCUCACACCUCUUUAUACCAUGCGUCCAUUUUAUAUUCUGCUUGCCCCUUCCACUUCCUAGCUAUCAUAAUUUGUGCAGCUGUCAAUAAAUUUAUGAGCAAGUCCUUCAUAGCCUGUGAACCUUCCACCCCAUCGUAAAUUGAUAGUAACAGUUCUGCAUGUUUGAGAGAAAGAGUUCUGCAAAAUAUGCUGGUUGCUUCCCCCACCCCACAAAUGUUCAAAGCAGUAUGUUAGAUGUGGGAGCAUCCAAACGUGUAACACCCCCCCUCCCCAGUAACCCAAAAUAGUACAGUCCAGGAAAGACUUCUACACAUUCUGCAGAACCGAGUGUCAAACCUUUUGCCUUAUCCUUCCGUUUCUAGCCUUGAACCUUUGGAACAACAUUUUGCCAUUUCCCUUCCCUCUGCCAUUAGCAUUCUGAUGCUUAAUUGUCUUCUCCCUAUUUGUUACCUUGUUGUUUCUUUGCAGUUGUCCUCAUCGGAGACUCGGGAGUAGGGAAAAGCAACCUCCUUUCUCGGUUCACCCGAAAUGAGUUCAACCUGGAGAGCAAAAGCACCAUUGGGGUGGAAUUUGCCACACGAAGCAUCCAAGUGGAUAACAAGACAGUGAAGGCCCAGAUCUGGGAUACUGCCGGGCAGGAGCGUUACCGUGCCAUUACUUCUGCGUAUGUACUGCCUUGCCUUCUCAUGUUGCAGUGGGAAACCCCAAAGUGCAGUCUUCUUGGCGAAAUCCCAUAGCCACGCUUCUCAGGCUAUUCAAUAAAAAUGCAGUUUGGACCAAUGCAGACAUUACAACUUUGGGGUCCUAGUCAGACCACUGUUAAAGAGCUUCCAAUGGUGCUGUUCUUUGCUUUGUAAAUACUGUUGUGGACUAGGGGAAUUCUGAUAAUGGGCAGGGGAAAGUAGGCCAGGAAAAGCUAAACUAUACUUACUUUAUUGAUGUCUAAAUUUCUGUCCUGCUUUAAUGCUGGCACCUCAAGAUGGCUAAAUGGAAAAACCCAAUUUCUCUUUUAAACCCCCCCCCCCAACUAAAAAUGGCUUGGAAGAUUAAAUAACUAAUUCGGCAAGGGAAAUCAGAAGUCAUAAAAGCAAUGAAUUGUGCCAUUAAAGAACAAGGUGGAUUUCACCAGGAGCCUAAAAGACAGCAGUGAGCAUGCCUGGUGAGCAGGAAGGAGUUCACUGAGUGCAGCUCCCUCUCCAAAAAAUACUCCCCCCCCCCUCCGACAGUAGACCCCUGAUAAACUGUGGGUAGCACCCAGAGCAUCCCCUAAUACGCAGGCAGGUUCAUGUGGGAGAAAGGGGUCCUUUUGUUACCUCUGCAGCCAAGCAAAGACCUCAAACUGGCCCUUGGAUGUAGGUUAGUGUGGCUCUUAAUAUACUAGCAGCGAGACAGCUAAGGAGGUUGUUGUUGCUGCUGCUAUUGUUGUUUACCUGCCCUUAACCCUAAGGUCCCAGGGCAGGUUAUGACAAUUACAACAUUGGAAACAGUCUAAAUUUAACAACUUAGAAUCACAGAAAUAGGAACGGUCCUUAAAAUGCACAUCUCAGGUGCCAAAGCCCAGGGUGAAGAGUUGCAUCUUCACCGCAUAGCUGCAAAUGCUGAAGGUGCCAGGCCCAUUCUCCUGUGUGGAGGGAGUUCCACAGUUUAAGAGCUGCCACAGAGAAGACCCUGUCCUGAGCCUCCACCAUCCCAAGCUUCUGAGGUGGAACUACAGUGGAACUACAAUAAGACCUCGUCUACUGGUCUUAACACCCUGGAGGGUCUGGAGGGAUGGAGACUAUCUCAGUUAUUUGGGGCCUGAACAUCUUGUAUUGGGCCUGGAAAUGAACUGGCAACCAGCGCAGCUGUUUUAAAGCAGCUGUGAUCUAAAUGGAACCCCAGCCGCUAAUCUGGCUGCUGCAUUUUGGACCACAAUCUGUCUUCAAGGGCAGUCCCACAUAGACCUCUUUGUAACAAUGUAACCUGAAAGUUACCAGAGCAUGGAGUACAGUGGCUAAGUCGUCUCUGUCCAGAAAACAUUCCCAAAGGGCCACCCAGAUUAUAUCUAUAUCUGUAUCUAUAUCUGUAUCUGUAUCUGUAUCUGUAUCUGUAUCAUCUAUAUCUAUAUCAUCUACAUCUAUAUCUAUAUCAUCUACAUCAUCUAUAUCUAUAUCUAUAGCAUCUACAUCAUCUAUAUCUAUAUCUAUAUCUAUAUCUAUAUCUAUCUAUCCAUGUAGGGGCUAAAUUUACUUAGGUGCCCCAUGUUUGAGGAGGCCAGUUCUAGUUGGCAAUCUGGUCACCACCAGGUUUGGAAUUACUUGCAAUUUCUUGGUUGUUUUCAAGGGCAGUCAGCUGGCAUCCAAUCAGAAAGGAAUUGUGGGGUGGGGGCUGUGUGCAGACCAUACUGUUGUCCAAUUGGAAUGGGAGUGGGAAAUGGGGUCUUGUGUUGUGGACAUGGCAUGUGAUCAAGGAUGAACUUCCACAGAGGGGUGUGGGAUCCUUGUGCACACUGUGUGAGGUCUCUGAAGGUGCUGUGAACUUAGUUCUUAAGGUAGAUAAAAAGUAGGUUAAAAAAGAUUCCAACCCCAUGCAGUAAAGGUUGGAUGCAAGACUCCCCACCCCGCAAUUGAUCAACAAUUUGGCAAAUGCUCCUUAGUUUUGUCUGGACAAAGCUUCAAUUUAUUAGCCCUUUUUAAACUCCAGACACCUGUUCCAAGGAAUCCAAAGCCACCAUCAGGGUCUGAUAGAAAGGAAAGUCAGAGCUAGAUUUUCUUAGUGUAUUCUCAGUCCUGUGACUCCUCCCAGUGGUUUCAUGUGGGUAUUAGACCGCAUGGAUGAACUUUAUUCAUUGCCAACCCAUGAUAUCCCAGGAGCAGAGCAGAGUGUUUCCCCACCAUCACGAGAUUGUCAGUUGCCAAGACAAUUCUAAGUUUGGAAUGGGUUUUUCAAAAUCGCCUUCCUUGCUCUGAAAAGAUUUCUCUUUGGCUUCUGUGACUGUGAGAAGGGCAGAGGUUUUGCAGGGACAAAAAGGCAAUCCUCAUUUACUUAAGGAAGGUGUUUUAUUACAAGUAGGCAAAAGCCUCCAAGUUUAAAACAACUGUCAGCUGCACAGUUUCUGGUGCCAGCUGCUAGUGGACAUUAAAUCAAGCACUGAAAGUCUUGGGCUUGGUGAAAAGGUUCAAGAACAGCCUUUGCCAAUGUGGUUCUCUCUGGAUGUUUGAGAACAACUCCCAUCAUGACUUGGCUGGCUGGAGCUGAUGUGAGUUGUAGUCCAAAACAUAAAACUCAUUCCACAUUUGUAAGAAAUCUCACUUUGAAACUCACUGCAACCACCUUUGCUGUUCUCUUUUCUGUGCCUGCUAAAAACAUUUUUGUUUAGGCCGGCCUAUCCAGAAAUGCAGAACACGUGCGUUUUAAUCUGUUUUCAGUAUGUCACUGGUUUUAAUUGUUCUUUGAAUAGUUGAUUUUAACUGUUCGUAUUGAUAUUUUUGCUGUCCUGUUCUUUUUGUAAACCGCUUGGAGGUUUUCUUUCCUACAGUCAAGCAAUAUAUUAAUGUUACGAAAUAAAUAAAUAAAAUGUAUUUCAUGGGCUAUGCAGUUAUUUGGAAAGUGAAAUUGGUAAUGGAUGGUUAUUUUUUACGACGGGUGGGGGGGGUGGCAUUCAGUGUUGUGCAGCAAGCUUAGUUUUUACCUCCCCCUUCCCCUUCCACCUUCUGAUCCCACUGCAGUUACUACCGGGGGGCAGUUGGGGCACUUCUUGUUUACGACAUCGCCAAGUACCUGACCUAUGAGAACGCAGAGCGCUGGCUCAAGGAGCUGCAGGACCACGCUGACGCCAACAUCGUCAUCAUGCUGGUGGGCAACAAGAGCGACUUGCGGCAUCUGCGGGCAGUGCCCACCGAUGAGGCCAAGAGCUUUGCAGGUACCUCUCUGCCCCAUUCCUUCCGCCUCCUCCUUUUACUUGCCCUGGUGAGGCAGGGUCUCCAGGGCCACCUCCCUAGACUCUGCACAAGGCACUGUGUAUAUCUGUGUUUUUAUUCGUUUCUGUUUUAUACAUAAUGGCUUUCACCAACCUGGUGCCCUCCAGGGUUCGUUGGACUCAAGCUCCCACCAGCCCCAGAGUUGUUUCCAAAAAAUAUUUGGAGAGCUACAUGUUCCCCACUCACUGUGUUACAGCUGCAGGGACUAGAACCUUGAAUUUAUUUUUUCUUAAGAAAAACAAAAUAAGGCUGGCUUUCUUGGGAUGCCACUUCUGAACCAGAUUCUAAAUUUCAAACUUUUGCUGUGCCUGUGUGGCAUUGUGGAACCCAAGUAGCCCUCAUUAUAAAGAAAUGAAGGGUAGAUAUGGGUUGUUGCGGUUACGUGUUGUCAACAGAGCAACAGUCUUGAUUUCCUCAAGAGGCAGCUGCUAUAGUUACAAUCCCUCUGUCUUCAUACAUCUGGAUAUUCUGGGGAGCUGAGCCCUGAAUCUGCUUGCUAAUGUGAAGCCUCAAAAUGUCUAUUGUUGGGAUGUGCAGAAUGCAUUUCCAUCCUAGUUGGCCAACCCCAACAAUCCAGCAGGCCUUUCUCAUGUUCUUAUGUUCCCACAGAAAAGAAUGGCUUGUCAUUCAUAGAGACGUCAGCUCUGGAUUCCACCAACGUUGAGACUGCCUUUCACAACAUCCUAACAGGUAAGCCGUUAUGUGGGGUAGGGUGAACUCGCAGAUAAACUGGCUUGUGCAACUGCUUGCCUGGUGGAGAAUUCUGGAGCACUUGAAAACUUCAAAUACUUCUGUGACAUAUGGGCUGGUCCCAGCAAAGGUAUUACACCAACUGGGAAUAUUUGCAGGUUUUUGGUUUUUUUUAAAUGGACCUACAACAGCGACCUAUUGCUUCUUACCUAAGAAAUAAGCUGUUCUUCUGCUCUCCAAAACACACCAUCCCCCAUCACUGCACUAGCAUCAUCUGUCUGCAUGACUUCAUCUUCUCCGCUUUUUGCUCUCCAGAAAUCUACCGGAUCGUGUCCCAGAGGCAGAUUGCUGGUGGGCAGCCGGAGACGGAGUUCAGCGCCAGCAGCACCAUCGAGCCGAUCAAGGUCCUGCCUACCCACCAGGAGGGCCGGCAAGCCCCUUGCUGCCAGAACAUCUAGCCUGCAAAGACUGCAACGAGGAAGUGAAAGGGGAACAAGGAAGGCCAAAUAGUCUCUGGUACCUCCAAGGGGGAAAGUGAUGCUCCAGGCAAACUCCUCUUUUUCUUCUUCUGGUACCCAACGUCCACCAUGCUACUCUGCUUCAUGUAGGUCAGAAACACAUAACGGAUCGUGUUCGUCUUUAGAUGUGGGGAAACGUUGGUGUCAAUGGGUGCUUUUCGGACCACCUGAGAGACACCCCAUCCCAAUUCCACAGCUUUCUUCCCUGAGAGGUGGCUGCUGGCAUGAGGAAGUUGGUGGGUCGCAGGGAUGGCGCUUGCCACACCAAUGGCCCUUUGAAACUAUUUUCCUGACUAGCAUAUAUUACAUGGUUUAAGUAGAGCCUUUUGCUAACAUAGGGGGUCAUGGCAUUCAACACUAUAUGUCUGGAAUGAAAAGGGAUUGAGCUGGUUGGGCAGCCCACUUCUAAACCAAAGGUAGAGUGGACUCACUAUCAUGGCUUCAUGGACCGUGGUUUUCAGGGGUUUUUUAAGUUGCUGAAUGUUAAAUAAAAACAACAACAACUCCUUUGCUCCCUCCUAAUUACAACUCUUUGAGGGAAGCCAUGGUGAAUUAAGCCUGGUUCCCCCCCCCCCAGUUGGUUCUGUCAUACAGACAUGCCCUCCCCACCCAAAAAAUUUGAGGGGCUCUGUUGAGGUACAAAAGUCGGGCUGUUGAGUAAGCCUCAGCCUGUGUAAAGAAGCCCAGGAAUUGAGGCAAGGCCCGAGGCCUGCCUCGCUUAGAAGACAGUGAACUUUAGCCGUCCUGUGGCUUGGCAGCAAAAUGGCUUUGUAUCAACAAGCAAAUAGGAGUUGCUUCUGAGUGGUGACUGUUCUGGGCAUGCCAGUUGGCUUUAAAGCACAACUCGCCAGUCAGGUUGCAUUUGUGAGGGCGUCUGUCACCUCCACCUUCACCAUAGCAGCAGAAAAGCCUCCCGGCCUGGUUUGAUCACACCCUAUGUUGGCUCAUCGCAUUGGGUGACAGCUUCCUGCAGAUUUUAAUCCAGCAAAUUGGUAUAUUUCCCUGCUGCCCCUUGUGCUGUUUUAAAGACCCAGGUUCCCAUUAGCUUCAUGUCUCACGAGGCCUCGCAAAGCAAGUUUGGGAAAUGGGAAGCCCAAAGCAGCAACAAGUAGCCUUUUGGGGACCAUGAAUGGAGCUGGAGUUUGCAUCCUUUCUCAGCCUUGGAGAAAAUGGCUGACCCUCAGGAUGGAGAAGGAAGAAGUUGGUCAGAGUUGUUUUUCCCCUCCCCUCCCUAUUUUGACUUUGCUACCUUUUCUGGAGUGAUCAACCGGUAAAGAUGAGAGUAUGCUGAUGGUUAGAUUCUCGUGGCUUUCUCUUGGUUUUGCUCCCAACAGCAACUUUUGUGUAAAUAGUAGGCUAUUGGGAGGGGGGUAUUUUAAUGUGUGAAAUUGCCUUCCUUUCAUUUGCUUUGAAACUUGUGUUGUUGUUUUGUGGGGUCUUGACAUCUGUGUGUGCUACGUGUUUAAAUAAAAGCUAUUUGUUUUAUUGUAUUGUGAUUAUUUAGUACACUUUUAUCCUACCCUUUUCUCUCCAA